AUGCCUACACGGCUGCCUCUCUACGCGACGCCGUUCCGGCCGUCGCCCUCUCCUCGCCAGGCGCCAUGGCAGCUGAAGCAGGGUCAUACUGCUCGGGGUAGCUCGCUACGAGCUGUCUCGUCUGCUUCAACAUGGCUCACGGGGAACCCUACCGCUGUCUCUACAGAUGACAUCCUGUCAACCCUGCCCGAUCUUCGAUCGUCAACGCAAACCAAGAUACCCGUACUGCUUCUUACGCCUGGAUUUUCCUCCUGGAUCGAUCCGGCGCACGCGUUUCUCGACCGAUGCGUAAACCAGCUUUUCAAGGCUUCUCCGAAUGCCACUCCACCGUCAACCGUUCACUUCGUUACAGCAAUCGUCGAUAAGAUACCUACACCCAGGGAGAAAAUCGAAAGCAGCUCGACGGCUGAUCUGGAAUCCGAAGGCAUCUCCCUUUUGUUGAUCGACGCGUCGAAUGUUCAGGGGAAGGCGGCUUCUAGUCGCCUUGUAAGGGAUACGCAGACCGAAGAGUCUGCACUUCUGCUUCGGACACAGGCUGCCUCUUCGCGUCAGGUAUAUGAGGUGGGCUUGCGGCUGGCCAACACCGUCUUCUUAACGGGAAAGGAAAGUACAAUUGCUGGGAUGCGCUGGAAGUAUGAUGAUGCCUCGGAAAAGUUUUGGCUAGAAAAAACCGUCGAUCUCUCCAAGUGCGUUGUCAAGACCACGGGCGAGAAUGCCCGCGCUUCCGUCUCGCUUCCAUUGUACCCUGUCUGCCAACGACGGACGGUCGUGUCGAGUAUGGGGAAUAUCCUACGCCAAAUCUCGAAACCUACCACCAAUGGCUCGGUGCAGCCGAUGCCGGCUUCCUCGGAGCUGGAAAAGGAUCUCCCUAGAUACAUCAAGGAGCACAACAUUGUCGACCAAAGGGUUUCUGUGUGGGCCUUGGUAGAGGGUCCUGAUCACCUCGUUGAUCCUACACAAGAGACCUCCCAUUCCCGGGUCAUCGAGUCGAUCCGUCGUGGGGGCAAGCUCCAUCGCGUGGUGAGCGGUGGCGGCGGCUGGGGCAAAAAACAGGGGCUUUUAUCUCUUGACCCAGAGAUCAGCUUCCUUGAGGCAGACCAACAAGAGACCAUGCCACUGCUUGAGAGCCUGUUCACCGAAUCGCAUAGUACCGACACACCCGUUGACCUGCCUCUGCUGUUCGACCAAGAUACGGUCGAUAGCCUCACCACUCUGUCGCAGGUGGCAAGGCAAGGCGACCACAUACAAUUUUUCGUGUCCGUGGAUCCCGAAACGAUAGAAUAUGCUCAUUCGGAGAUCUCUCAAGACGCACAGGCGAAGAUUACUUCGUACCAGUUCGGCGUAGUGGCUGACCCUGAAGCGGCGCCUGGGCUCAACUCUACCGAGGAGAGCGACCUGCGUAUUAUCCCCAACUAUUUUGGCGCAGCGUCCGAGAAGGCCAUGACGUACACACAGCUCAAUCCCGAGGCUGAGUCCAUAGUCAGGACCAAACUCGAUAUUCCUGGUGCGCGAGUGGAAUUGUCCUUCUGA